CUCCUUCUUGCAGCAUUUUAAUCGGCGCCAUGGAAGUAGGGCGCUCCCUUCUCCUCCAUUAUUCCUUCUUCGCCGUCUUCCUCCUCCUCUCUGCAUCCCUCCUCUACCUCAACCGUGCCUCCGAAGCCUCCUACCACCGUCUUCUCCUCGCCUCCGCCUCCGCUUCCCUUGCUCUGAUCUCCGUCCUCCUCGCUCGGUCGCGCCUACUCCGUAUCCGAUCCGCCGGCGCAAGCCUCCCCGUCCGAUGGUUCAUCGGGUCCGUCGAAGAGGACCCCGAGAGAUUCCCGAACACGCGGGGAAAGGUCGCGCGAGAGGGCGUGUUGCUGUUCGGCAAUGGGGAUGUCUACGAAGGGGAGUUGUCCGGGGGGCGGUGCCAUGGGGGAGGCGUGUAUUGCUUCUGCGAGAAGGGGCGGUACGAAGGCUGUUGGAUCGACGGGAAGUACGAAGGGCACGGGAUCGAGAGCUGGGCCCGAGGGAGUCGGUACCGCGGGCAGUACCGUCAGGGUAUGCGGCACGGCUUCGGGGUGUACCGGUUCUACGACGGCGACAGCUAUGCCGGUGAGUGGGUCGGAGGAAAGAGCCAAGGGUGCGGAGUGCAGACUUGCUCCGACGGUAGUUGCUACGCCGGCGAGUUCAAGUGCGGGGUUAAGCACGGCCUCGGCCUGUAUCGCUUCAGGAAUGGUGACAAGUAUGCCGGCGAAUACUUUGGAGACAAAAUCCAUGGAUUCGGGGUGUACGACUUCGCCAAUGGUCACUGCUACGAAGGUUCAUGGCACGAGGGAAGGAGACAGGGCUUCGGAAGAUACACCUUCCGGAAUGGCGAAACACGACCUGGUGAGUGGGACUAUGGCGUUUUGAAGAACAGCCUCUGCGCCUCAGAUCCUGCAGUCUGGCGAGCUGUUGAGGCUGCAAGGACGGCCGCAGAGAAGGCAACUAAAGUUCCUCAAGUGGAGGAACAAGUUAGGCAGGCUAUCUCAGCCGCAAACAAAUCCGCCACCGCCGCUCGAGUUGCGGCAGUGCGAGCCGUCCAGAACCAGAAGGAAGACAAAUUCUGUUGCAUUUUUGUAUAAGUUCAAACCUUGCAAUCGAAGAUUUUGCCAGGAACGACACAGACAUCUACCUGAUCCCAAUGGAGAAUGAGCUAUACGCUCCAGAAGCUGAGAGCAAACGUCAGAAUUAAUACACCAUUUAACACUGUAGAAAAGUCCAUAGGUUUGCAUUGAUCUUCAUCUGGUCAGCAUCUUCUGCUCCAUCCACUAAAGAAGAAGUAUUUUGUAGGAUAAUGUGACAAUGUGCUGGUUGUCAGUGUACCCCAAUCUGCAUUUGGAUUCUCACUGCAGUCA